GAAAAGUAACAAACUUGCUCCACGUUUCUGUCUCUGUGGAUGAACGUCGAAUCACGAAGAGAAGCAGCAAUGGCGGCUAUUCCACGCAAGAGAAAGCUCGACAUUGGAGACCUGGCUCCAGACAAGCCCAAAAUGAGAUUGCAGUGUCUGUACUAACGGAAAAAAUCUGCUUCAAUCUCCAUCAAACACCUGUUGCUGUCCACCAUGGCAACAGCAAAUUGGAGGAGACCUGGGGAGCUAAGUCAUCUACUGGCUCCACCUCGCCUGCAAUGCCUAAGGCACAAUUCAACAAGUACACAGGGCGGCCUUUCUCUGCCAAGUUCUGGGCUAUUCUUGACAAGAGAAAGAACCUGCCGGUGUGGGACUACUAUACCAAGUUCAUGGAGCUGGUCAAAGACAACAGGGUGGUCGUGCUCGUUGGAGAGACAGGUUCCGGGAAAACCACUCAGAUUCCCCAAUGGUUGGCUGAGAUGUCCCAGGAGCUCAAGGGCAAGGGUAAGCUAGUGGGGUGUACUCAGCCUCGACGUGUGGCAGCCAUGAGUGUGGCCCAGAGGGUGGCCGAUGAGAUGGACGUGUCCCUGGGGCAGGAGGUGGGCUACACCAUCCGGUUCGAGGACUGCACCAGCCCACGCACUAUACUCAAAUACAUGACGGACGGUAUGCUGCUGAGAGAGGCCAUGAACGACCCUCUGCUGGAUCGCUACGGAGUCAUCAUUCUCGACGAGGCUCACGAACGCACUCUAGCCACAGACAUUCUGAUGGGUCUGAUAAAAGAGAUUGUGCAGCAGAGGGAAGAUCUUAAGAUUAUCGUCAUGAGUGCUACUUUAGACGCGGGAAAGUUCCAGCACUAUUUCCUGGACGCCCCUCUACUAAGUGUCCCUGGUCGUACUCACCCGGUGGAGAUCUUCUUCACCCCUGAGCCUGAGCGGGACUAUCUUGAGGCAGCCAUUAGGACCGUGGUGCAGAUACACAUCUGUGAGGAGGUGGAGGGAGACGUGUUACUCUUCCUAACUGGACAAGAGGAAAUUGAGGAGGCUUGCAAACGCAUCAAACGAGAAGUUGAAAACCUUGGCCCUGAGAUUGGUGACCUCAAGUGUAUCCCGCUCUACUCCACUCUGCCCCCCGCACUACAGCAGCGGAUAUUCGAGUCAGCCCCGCCCAAGAAACCCAACGGAGCCAUCGGACGUAAGGUGGUGGUCUCCACCAACAUCGCUGAGACCUCCCUCACAAUCGACGGAGUGGUGUUCGUUAUUGACCCUGGGUUCUCUAAGCAAAAGGUGUACAAUCCUCGUAUCCGGGUGGAAUCUCUACUAGUAUCAGCCAUCUCCAAGGCCAGUGCUCAACAGAGGGCGGGCCGUGCCGGGAGGACCAAGCCUGGCAAGUGCUUCAGGCUAUACACAGAGAAAGCGUACCAGAACGAGAUGCAGGACAACACAUACCCGGAGAUCCUCCGCUCCAAUCUGGGCACUGUGGUGCUGCAACUCAAGAAGCUGGGCAUUGAUGACCUUGUGCACUUUGACUUCAUGGACCCUCCCGCACCUGAGACACUGAUGAGGGCACUGGAGCUGCUCAACUACCUCGGGGCACUAGAUGAUGACGGAGAGCUGACUCAGCUGGGGGCCAUCAUGGCUGAGUUCCCUCUGGACCCCCAGCUGGGGAAGAUGGUCAUAGCCAGCACUGACUAUAACUGCUCCAAUGAGAUCCUCUCAAUCACAGCAAUGCUGUCAGUUCCACAGAUAUUUGUACGGCCCCCUGAUGUGAGGAAGCAAGCUGACGAGGCCAAGAUGCGGUUUGCCCACAUCGAUGGUGACCACCUCACUCUGCUCAAUGUCUACCACGCCUACAAACAGAGUAAAGAAGACCCCCAGUGGUGCUACGAUAACUUCGUGAGCGCUCGCUCGCUCAAGUCAGCUGACAAUGUUCGAGAGCAGCUGUCUCGGAUUAUGGAUCGUUUCAACCUCCAACGCACGAGUACAGAGUUCACGAGCAAAGACUACUACCUCAAUAUACGCAAGGCUCUUGCAACUGGGUUCUUUAUGCAGGUGGCUCACCUUGAGAGGAGUGGUCACUAUCUGACUGUCAAGGACAACCAAGCAGUACAGCUUCACCCGAGCACCUGUCUCGACCACAAACCAGAGUGGGUGCUCUACAACGAGUUCGUGCUCACCACCAAGAACUACGUCCGCACCUGCACAGACAUCAAGCCAGAGUGGCUGGUGAAGAUAGCCCCACAGUACUAUGACCUCGGUAACUUCCCACAAUGCGAGGCAAAGAGGCAGCUGGAGAAAGUCAAGGCCAAAGUUGAACUGCAAAAUCAAGGCAUCUUUUGAACAUUGUGUACAAUGAACUCUUAUAUUUGGGAACUUGGGAACUUGUGUUCCAGUCAAUUAAUUGUCAAGUUGUAUAAGUGCUUAAUGAUGCAAACAUUACAUAAUUAUUACAAUAGUAUUAAAUGAUUAAUGAAGCACGAAUUGCAUUUAUUUUCCAUGUGAUGAUGAAUGCAAGUUUCAAUAAAUAUGCGUAA